CCGCCGAGGCGGCCGCUGCUGCCGCCGCCGCCGCCGCCGCCGCCUGGAUAUAGUGCGGCAAGGCGCGGAGCUUGCAGUCACUUUGCGAGGAGGAGCGCGCGCGGGCUGCGGGCGGCUGGGGCACCCACCCGGGAGCGGCGGCGGGCUAGCAGAGGCGGCCGUGGCAGCGGAACCUUCUCUCUCCGGGGCUGGACUCGGUAACUUUGGAACUGUCCGCCGGUGUCACGUCCUGAACAUGAGCCACCUCCUCUCCUUCUACCUGCUCGGGUUGCUUGUCGGUAGCGGGCAAGCACUUCUUCAAGUGACAAUUUCACUUAGCAAAGUAGAGCUUAGUGUGGGUGAAUCUAAAUUCUUCACAUGUACAGCAAUUGGUGAGCCUGAGAGUAUAGACUGGUAUAACCCUCAAGGAGAGAAGGUCAUUUCGACACAAAGGGUUAUGCUACAGAAAGAAGGAGUCAGGUCACGUCUAACCAUCUAUAAUGCAAACAUAGAAGAUGCAGGGAUAUAUCGUUGCCAAGCGACAGAUGCCAAAGGACAGACACAGGAAGCUACAGUAGUUUUGGAAAUUUACCAAAAACUCACCUUCAAAGAAGUGGUGUCCCCUCAAGAAUUCAAGCAAGGGGAGGAUGCAGAAGUGGUUUGCAGGGUUAGCAGCUCGCCUGCCCCUGCUGUCAGCUGGCUGUACCACAAUGAGGAAGUCACCACCAUCCCAGACAAUCGGUUUGCUGUGCUUGCAAACAAUAACUUGCAGAUUCUCAACAUCAAUAAAAGUGAUGAAGGUAUAUACAGAUGUGAAGGGAGAGUGGAGGCUAGGGGAGAGAUUGACUUCCGGGAUAUCAUUGUUAUUGUUAACGUUCCACCAUCAAUUGUUAUGCCCCAGAAGUCCUUCAAUGCUACCGCCGAGCGAGGAGAAGAGACAACGUUAACCUGCAGGGCCUCAGGCUCUCCAGAUCCUACCAUCUCUUGGUUUAGGAAUGGCAAGCUCAUUGAAGAAAAUGAAAAAUACCUUUUAAAGGGCAGUAAUACAGAGCUCACUGUCAGGAACAUAAUCAAUAAAGAUGGUGGCUCUUAUGUCUGCAAAGCCACAAAUAAGGCAGGAGAAGAUGAAAAGCAGGCCUUCCUUCAAGUCUUUGUACAGCCUCAUAUAUUACAACUUAAAAAUGAGACGACUUCUGAGAAUGGUCAUGUCACACUCAUCUGUGAAGCUGAAGGUGAGCCAAUUCCAGAAAUCACAUGGAAAAGAGCAGUGGAUGGCACCACAUUUUCUGAAGGUGAUAAGAGCCCAGAUGGCCGUAUCGAAGUCAAAGGGCAGCGUGGCCACUCGUCAUUGCACAUCAGAGAUGUGCAGUUAUCGGAUUCAGGGAGAUAUGACUGUGAGGCUGCGAGCAGGAUUGGUGGGCACCAGAGGAGCAUGCACCUUGACAUUGAAUAUGCCCCAAAGUUUGUUUCAAAUCAGACAACGUAUUACUCUUGGGAAGGAAAUCCAAUCAACAUAAGCUGUGAUGUGAAAUCUAACCCACCGGCGUCAAUCCACUGGAGAAGAGAAAAACUGGUCUUACCAGCCAGAAAUACUACUCAUUUAAAGACGUACAGUGUAGGAAGAAAGAUGAUACUAGAGAUUGCCCCUACAUCGGACAAUGACUUUGGACGAUAUAACUGCACGGCUACUAAUCGUAUAGGCACAAGGUUUCAGGAGUAUAUUCUUGAGUUAGCAGAUGUACCCUCUAGUCCCCACGGGGUGAAGAUUAUAGAGCUGUCUCAGACCACAGCCAAGAUCUUGUUCAACAAACCCGACUCCCAUGGAGGUGUGCCUAUUCAUCACUAUCAAGUGGAUGUCAAAGAAGUGGCAUCGGAGACCUGGAAAAUAGUACGCUCCCAUGGAGUUCAAACAAUGGUUGUUUUGAGCAGCCUGGAACCAAAUACGACUUAUGAAAUCAGGGUUGCAGCUGUAAAUGGAAAAGGGCAAGGGGACUACAGUAAAAUAGAAAUAUUCCAGACACUGCCAGUCCGUGAGCCAAGUCCCCCUUCCAUACAUGGACAGCCAAGCAGUGGGAAGAGUUUUAAAAUCAGCAUCACAAAACAAGAUGACGGAGGGGCUCCUAUUUUAGAAUACAUUGUGAAAUACAGGAGUAAGGAUAAAGAAGAUCAGUGGCUAGAGAAGAAGGUUCAGGGGAAUAAGGACCACAUUAUUUUGGAACACUUACAGUGGACCAUGGGCUAUGAAGUCCAGAUCACAGCUGCCAAUAGACUGGGAUAUUCUGAGCCCACCAUAUAUGAGUUCAGCAUGCCCCCAAAGCCCAACAUUAUUAAAGACACACUUUUCAAUGGCCUUGGGCUCGGAGCCAUCAUUGGCCUAGGAGUUGCUGCCCUUUUGCUAAUCCUCGUGGUCACAGAUGUGAGCUGCUUCUUCGUUCGGCAAUGUGGGUUACUGAUGUGCAUUACCAGGAGAGUGUGUGGGAAGAAGAGUGGCUCUAGUGGGAAGAGCAAAGAGCUUGAAGAAGGAAAGGCUGCAUACCUGAAAGAUGGCUCAAAAGAACCAAUAGUGGAAAUGAGAACAGAGGAUGAAAGAAUCACCAAUCAUGAAGACGGGAGUCCAGUAAAUGAGCCAAAUGAAACCACACCACUAACAGAACCCGAAAAAUUGCCUUUAAAAGAAGAAAAUGGAAAAGAAGUCCUAAAUGCAGAAACUAUAGAAAUUAAAGUGUCUAAUGACAUCAUCCAGUCUAAAGAAGAUGAUGGCAAAGCAUAACCGCAAGAUUCAGCACCUUGGUCAGCACCACAAAGAGCAAUUUGAUUGCAGUGACACUAUGACCAAAACUAUUCCAUUGACCUUAAUUUCUUGGGAAACGUCUAGCUUGGAAUAGCUUGUACACAUAUACAUAUGAUCAACUUCUCCUGCCACAGUCCAUUUCCUUCUGUUGUUAUUGUUGUGGUUGUUUAUUUUGUUAAGAAUUUCGGUAUAAAUGCUUGAUUGGCACCAAUUUUUUGGUAUCAGUUUGAUUCUAUGACUGAAGUACUGCAAUUUAUUAUAUGGCUAAAGUGCUUUACUUUUAAAUUUAUUUGUCUCAUGUAACACCAACAGAUGUAUUUCAGCUCUCUAAAAUAUUAGGUUGUAAUGGAAGGCAGAGCAAAAUUAUUGUGAGCUAAGUGUGUACAAAAGCCCUGCAUGUUAUGAGUCUAAUCUUGGGCAAGCACUAUUAAAAUGCCUUUCAGAUUAAAAUGAAGGCACGUAAUAAAGACUAUACUUUUACCAGAGUUUCAGGAAACUAGGUUUGAAGGAGCCAGUCAGAUAUCUUUUUCAGAUAUGAGAAAUUGAAAAAAUGAUGGAGAUCUCUUUUCAACUAACGACCACAGUGCAUUUUCAACAUUGAUCUUGGAUAUACUGAUACCAGGGCUAAAUUGUUACACAUCUGAAAGAAGAUUAGUUGUGUGUAAAACUAUAUUAGAAAACUCUCUAAUCUCUUUUUAUGUAUACCAUAUUCACUCACAGUGGUUACACAAAAAGUAAAUGUAUGAUGAGUAAAAAUGGUAUUGAUUUUUGCCCUCAGCUUCAAAUAAAGUAAAUUAAAUGGGAAAAUAUCAAUAUGCUGUCUUGAUAUAUUUAUAAAUAUAUGAUUAUUUUUAUUUAUACAAUAAUUUAUCAAAAUAAAGUUGUUUUCAAGUAUUUCGAGUCAUAUUAGAUAUGGUUUGGUGUAUAGAUUUAGGUGAUCACUAUUAUUAUGUAUCUCUCAUUGAGUCAUCGUGACUAAUGCACAGUAAAGGUUAAAGCAAUUAUUUAACAUUCAAUUGUUACAGAAGAGAAAUGAGCAACUGAAAUGCUACUAUUAGUUUAGUUUUAGACAGUGAAUUUUAAAAUUUAUUUUAAACCCAUUUAAAGAUAUUUAAACAAACAGCUAUUGUGAAGAAAUUAUUUACCUAUUCAACAUAGACUUUCUAUUAUCACUUCUUAGGGACUGUUCAAGAAUAUGAUCGUUACUAACUUACAAGCUAUGCAAACUCCCUGAGGUCAAAGUCUAAAUUAUGAUUUAACUUAUGUGAAUGGAAAAACAUGUUUGUAACUAUCAAUAUACAUGUGAGGAGCAGGGUUCUUAAGUCAGAGUUCCUAAGGUUGCUAUAGUCUCCCACUUCUCACAACCUUGGGGUUUUGGUACCAAGUCAUUAGCUCCAAUAUUGAUGCACUGGAGAGAAUGUACUCUAACAGUUCAUUGGAGGAAUAUUUUUAGCAGUGAAGAUGGACAACUUACCCCAUCUCUCCUUAGAGGUAGUUUCAUGAAAAUUAAAUAAAAUAUUAUUGCCACUCUGGAAUACUUUUAUGUAUAAAGUGCUUAAACUUGUCAUCCAAGCAGAGACAAUUGAUUUAUUGUAUCUUGUACCUCAUCUGUUGACUGUCAGCUAGACUGAAUGUGCCCAAAUGCAUGUAAAGAUGCUGUAAUCUCCACAGUGCUUUGCUGGAAAUUCAGGGUUAAUGCAGGGAUUGUUCCUUCCUGACAAUCCUGGCAUAGUCUGGAGAGAAAGAGGGAUAAAACCAAAAAAGAGAGAGAAACCUGUGCCUAUUGGUGAAUCUAAGCAGCAUCUAAAAUAAGCAAACAAACCAGUUUAACCCUUUGACAAAAAUGAUUAUCAAACAUGUACUUGAUAGAUUUGCUUGGGAUGUUUAGAUUAUGUUUGUGUGGUCAUUUAGGUUCCAUUUUCUAAGCUGUACUUCAUUUUGCUUGUUUUAUUUUGUACCAAAUGUGCUAAAACUAGUCAAGAUACUUGAAUUUGUUUGUUUUGUGUAAAGUCAAGAGGCAUAUUAGUGGUGUCUAUGAAGCAAUAGCCAUGAACACUGAUUUUUUUCUUUUAGAGCCACAUGGUUUUAAACUAAUGAUAUUAAAAUAAUUUGUAUGACUUAUAGAGCAGUUUCGCAUGUUUAGAAUUAUCAUGUUUGUGCUACACAACAAGAACAGAGAAUUCAGGAGAGCAAAGUAUUUUUGUGUUUUAUCAAGUUGAAGUAUCAGUUUUAUCAUGUCUUCUGAUUUUCUAUGAAAAGAAGCUGAAUUAAGUUUAUAUACAUUGAGUUAAACUUCUUGUUCAUCCUAUGGAGCCAAUGGGUGAUUUGGGAUAGAGUCUGUGCAUGGUUUCAGUUGUUGGAGAGAUGCUGAACCAGUUCUGUCAAUGAUAUAAAUGCUCUGCAGACAAUAUCUUGAUGUGGUAAACAUUUCAAAAUUUCAAAGAAAUUCCCCUGAUCACACAAUUGAUAACACUUCCAAAUCUAUGAGAAUGUGAUAUAGUAAAUUCUUAAUUUAUGAAUAAGCCUGAAUCUUAUUUUUAAUGCUAUUUUAGUCUAAAUGAGUCUAUGUAAUUUUAGUAUCUGAAAGUCCACUGCCAUGUUAGAAUAAAAUGUCCACUAGGCAAAAUUUAGCUAUUGUUAAGAUAAUCUGUACUUUAAACCAAUUUAAACAAGCAAAUGUAAGGCUGAAAGCAAAUAAAUGACAAUCUGUAUUUGAAACCCCAUAAGAGGAAAUUUUAAUAUUUGAAUUUUAAUACAUAUUUUAUUUUUAAAACUGACAGAAAUAUGUAAAAGAAAUUUACAAUGAUUUUUGAAUGCAUUAAAAUUGUGAUUUCAACAGGUUAAUUUAUUAUUUUGUGGGUAAGAUAUAUUACUGUUCUAUUUAUACUAAUGUCUAACAUUAACAGACUUUAAAUCUUUUAUUUGUUAAUAUUAAUACCAACAACAUUAUUUUAAAAAGAUUUUGGAUCCUACAAAUGUCAUAUUAAUUUCAAUCUUUGUGUUAAACGAAUAAAAUAUAUAACAGUAAUCAAAUGAAUUAUAAGUUCCAGCAGUUAAUUGUAUAUUAAAGUCAUCUCUUUAUUUUGAGUAAUUCACAGGUAUUUGUGCCUUUACAUUAGCAUGAAAUUCUAUUAAAGAAAAAUUACAACUACUAUCACUAUUUAUAUGUUUUGAUCAUACAUGUGAUAUUAAUGCUGAACUUUUUAAAGUCAAUGAAUAAACUUUAUUCCAACCUCUUUCACUUAGCCACAGAAUCUUAAAAACUAUAUAUAGAUACACUUGAAUUUAUUUUCACUUAUAAUAAAACAGUACUUUAGUCCAUCCAUAGAUACUUCUGUUGUUUCUGUAUUGUUUCUCUAGAUGGUAACUCUUUAUUGGGAAAACUGUGCCAUUAGAUCUAAGAAACAGAAGAGAUGCUUUUUAGAGUAAGUGUAAUUACUAUGAGGUCACUUGGGUCUUCAUUGUUGCUGUUGAGAUCAUAAAUCACCCAUGUGGUGACAAGAUAAGCAAAGAUCAAAAUACCUAUCAUUGAAAUGAUAAGAGAAGUUUAAUUACUAAUUAAAAAUAUUGGUGAAGCAUAUAAUAGUUACUUAAAAUUGCAUUAUUUUUCAUGGAGUAUGAUAUAAACGCUUAGUUUGAUUUCCAUAUGGAGUUCUGUUUUGGAGGCAUUUUUUCAACAAACAUUGUAUAAGCUAAAAAUCAUUUUAAGAUGAGAAUUUUCUUAUUUAUCUCCAAUUUCUAUUUAAAAUAUUCUGCCUAAAACUGAAAUAGCAUAUAGAUAUGUUUACAUAUGCUAAACUUCAAAAAUUGUUGUGGGUUAAAAAUUCAAAUGUAAUCACAGAAGUCAAAUUAUUCAAGACAAUAUUAUAUAUGUUGUCUUAAUACUAUUCUAAUAUGAAACAAUUUUUGUAUAAAUCAAAAUGUUAUAAAAGGUCUAGCAAUAUUAAGUGGUGAGUACAUGUAAUUUUCUUCCAGGCGCCACACUUUUUAUUUUAAAUUGUUUUCUCCCACGUAGAUGCAACUAUUUAAAAACACUAUACAAGAUUACUAAAAUAAUAACUGUUUCUCAUUAUAUAGUAGUCUCUGCCUUAUAUAUAAUGAUAAAUAUUUAUUUGGUAACAUGUUUAAUAUUCUUAAAAACAGUUCAUUAUUACUACAUGCUUUUAUAAUAAUUUAAAUCAAUUAGUUAACCUAAUGUCUUUAGUUUUUAUUAUUUUAAAACAAUUUUAAAUGUUUUAAUGACCAGACAUUUUUCAUGGUGAUUAUUACCCUUUUCUUAUUUACAAACUCAUAUCAUUUGGUGCCUGAUUUUUAGCUUCACAUGGAAGAUAAUAAGUAAAGCAAAGAUGUCUGCAGUAUUUCUAUCACUACCAAACAGAAGAGUUAAAGAAAAUGAGAUGAAAAUAUUAGUGAUAUGGAAUAGACACAGAAAUGCCCAAUCAAGGAAUAAAAUAAUUUUAGGUGACUAUUUGUGCCAAUAAUAGCAAAGCAAAGGCAAUACCCUAACGGCAUCUGGAAAACAAUGUAAACAGAGAUAGAUAUUGCAAUUCAAUUUGCAACUAGGAUGUUUAACAACAUGCUACAGAAAAAAUAAUAUCACUAAAAACAAAAUAAUACUUUGCAUUUUCAAACAGUAUUGUUGGUUUCGAAUUUGUCUCUAACCCCUUUGAGAAGUAAAUCACCUUAAUAGUAAUUGAUUAAGAAAACACAUUUGGAGGUAUAUGAAUGUUAUUCUCUAUUUGAUAAUAUUAAAACAUGCCAUAAUUUAUUUUUUAACUUAUACAUUCCACCCAAUAUCUGUAUAGUUAACUAUCAUGUUUUAUUAUUAUUUCAAUAUAGUAUGUCCCUAUGAAAUGCUGUAUAUAUAUAUAUGUCUAAACUGUAAAAAGUAUACUGCAAAUGUUGAAGUUUUGUAUUUAUGAGAGACAUUGAAAGUAUGGCUUAUGGUAUUUCAAAAUUGUCACUCUUCACCAUUUGUAUAUUAAUAGUAAAGAUACUUUUACUUUAA